CCCGAGGCUCCAGCCAGACACGCGCGCGCGCACACACGCACACACACACGCACACGCACACACACGCGUGGAAAAAACAUGGCUGAUGACUUCGGCUUCUUCUCUUCGCCCGAGAGCGGGGCCCCGGAGGGCGCCGAGGAGGACCCGGCGGCCGCCUUCCUGGCCCAGCAGGAGAGCGAGAUCGCCGGCAUAGAGAACGACCAGGGCUUCGGGGCACCUGCCGGCGGCCAGGUGGCCUCGGCGCAGCCGGGACUGGCCAGUGGGGCUGGAUCUGAGGACAUGGGGACUACUGUCAAUGGCGAUGUGUUUCAGGAGGCUAACGGGCCUACUGACGGCUACGCGGCGAUCGCCCAGGCAGACAGGCUAACGCAGGAGCCUGAGAGCAUCCGCAAGUGGAGAGAGGAGCAGAAGAAACGUCUGCAGGAGCUGGAUGCUGCCUCUAAAGUGGCAGAACAGGAGUGGCGGGAGAAGGCCAAAAAGGAACUGGAGGAGUGGAACCAGCGCCAGAGUGAACAAGUUGAGAAGAACAAGAUAAACAACCGGAUCGCUGACAAAGCAUUCUACCAGCAGCCAGAUGCUGAUAUCAUCGGUUAUGUAGCAUCCGAGGAGGCUUUCGUGAGGGAAUCUAAGGAGGAGACCCCAGGCACAGAAUGGGAGAAGGUGGCCCAGCUGUGUGACUUCAACCCCAAGAGCAGCAAGCAGUGCAAAGACGUGUCCCGGCUGCGCUCGGUGCUCAUGUCCUUGAAGCAGACGCCACUGUCCCGCUAGGUGCCUGUCAUUAAGUAUGGCAGGGGCUGUAUAUGGCAGAGGAGUGGCUGCUUGGACCAGGGUGGAAAUGUCCUCUGACAGCUGCUACGUACAGCCUGUUCUGUCCCUUUCCAUCUCUGGGGGCUGAGAAAUGGGGCCCUUUCCCCUCUCACCUCUUCUGGCCCUAUGUCCCAGUUCCUCAUGAUUCCUCUCAGUCCAUUCAAUUGUGACUGUCCCUUCUGAUGUAUUUUUUCUUGGCUUAAAGGGUGUGUUAACUCUUUUUACACUUA